UUAGGUGGUCUGGACUCGGAAAGGUCAAGGGUCAGUACGGAGUCUCCGCCGGUGAUGGUGAAGCAAACGAUCCAGAUUUUCGCUAGGGUGAAGCCCUCGGUGCGGAAGCAGCAGCAAGGGAUUUAUUCUGUAGAUGAAGAUGAGAAACUAGCAUCUAGCUUGGAAAUUGUCUUACCCCGGGACCUGGCAGACGGCUUUGUAAACAAUAAACGAGAAAGCUACAAGUUUAAGUUUCAAAGGAUUUUUGACCAAGAGGCUAAGCAAGAGAUCAUUUUCGAGAUCAUUGCCAAACCAGUCGCUGAGAGUACCUUGGCAGGUUACAAUGGCACCAUCUUCGCAUAUGGGCAGACGGGCAGUGGCAAGACAUUCACCAUCACAGGCGGGGCUGAGCGCUACAGUGACAGAGGCAUCAUCCCGAGGACCCUGUCGUAUAUAUUUGAGCAGUUGCAAAAGGACAGCAGCAAGAUCUACACCACACACAUUUCUUACUUGGAAAUCUACAAUGAAUGUGGCUAUGACCUGCUGGAUCCAAGACACGAAGCGUCCAAACUGGAAGAUCUGCCGAAAGUGACAAUAUUGGAGGACCCUGAUCAGAACAUUCACCUGAAAAACCUGUCUCUUCAUCAGGCAACAACUGAGGAGGAAGCUUUGAACCUGCUCUUCUUGGGGGACACCAACAGGAUGAUCGCCGAGACUCCUAUGAAUCAAGCUUCAACCAGAUCACACUGUAUUUUCACUGUGCACUUGAGCAGCAAGGAGCCAGGAUCUGCCACUGUCCGACAUGCUAAGCUCCAUCUGGUCGACCUGGCAGGGUCAGAGCGUGUCUCAAAGACUGGAGUUGGAGGCCUGCUUCUGACAGAAGCCAAAUACAUCAACUUGUCCCUACACUACCUCGAGCAGGUCAUCAUUGCCCUUUCGGAAAAACACCGUACACACAUCCCUUACAGGAACUCCAUGAUGACCAGCGUGCUCAGAGACAGCCUGGGAGGGAACUGCAUGACCACUAUGAUUGCAACUCUGUCUUUAGAGAAGAGGAACAUCGAUGAGUCCAUCUCCACCUGCAGGUUUGCUCAGCGCGUGGCCCUAAUCAAAAAUGAAGCCAUCCUCAAUGAAGAGAUUGAUCCCAGACUGAUGAUCGUCCGCCUACAGAAGGAGAUUGCAGACCUGAAGGCAGAGCUGGCCAUGGUCACAGGCGAGCAGAGGACAGAGGCCCUCACAGAAGAGGAGCUCCUUCAGUUGGAAAAACUAAUAGCAUCCUUUGUGGAGGACCAAGAUCCAGAGAGUAGACUGGAAGUUGGCGCUGAUAUGCGUAAAAUCCAUCACUGUUUUCAUCAUUUUAAGAAGCUGCUGAAUGACAAGAAGACCCUGGAGAACACUGUCUCCUCUGAAAGCACAACACAGCAAGCAUGCCAAGAGCCAUUGAAGGAUGAAGAAUACACAAAGCUCAGAAGUCUUCUCAAGCAGAGGGACAAUGAGAUCAAUAUCCUGGUCAAUAUGUUAAAAAAGGAAAAGAAGAAAACUCAAGAUGCCCUUCAGUAUUCAAGCACAGAGAAAAGCGAAGCUAGGCCACCUCCGAACUCGCCCUUCAUUGCUGGGAGCCCGGCAGGUCAGAGGACAUCAUUCUCCUCUUCCCUGAGCCAGACCCAGGACCUCAGCGUCUACAGGCACAGAUCCAGCUUGCUCCACAAGAAAACAGGGAUGAGAGAGGAGAUGUCACUGGGACGCCAGGAGGCGUUUGAGAUUUUCAAGAGGGACCACGCUGACAGUGUCACCAUCGAGGACAACAAACAGGUUCUGAAGCAGAGAUUUUCUGAAGCAAAAGCUCUGGGAGAAAGUAUAAAUGAAGCAAGAAGUAAAAUCGGUCAGCUGAAAGAAGCCAUCAGCCAGCGGCACCUACAGCAAGUAGCUCUUGGAAUCGCAGAGAGCAUGGCCCCACCCUCCACGCCUGACCCCCAGGAACAGAAAUUGCGAGCGCAGCUGGAGGAGGAAAAGAGCAGGUACAAAACCACCUUCAUGCGCCUGAAAGCCCUCAAGGUGGAGAUUGAGCACCUGCAGCUGCUCAUGGACAAAGCCAAGCUCAAGCUGCAGAAGGAGUUCGAAGCCUGGUGGGCAGAGGAGGCCAGCAGCCUGCAGGUAAACUCCCCCGCCACGAACCUCCAGGAUGCUGCGAAGCCGUUUCCCCAGCAGGACCAGACACAACUUCUUUCCAAGAAAAGUUCUCAAGGCUUGGAAGUUGAGAAUGGAGCUGGCAAGCCGGAUGUCUGUGAUAGGAAUGCCAGAAGAAUCCUCCCCUCUCCUUGCCCCAGUCUGCACAGCCAAGAGCCCAGUGACUCCAGUAUCCAGCUGCAAGAUAGGCCAUCAUCCAUCCCGCUCACUGGAGACAGACAGACAGACUCCGACAUCCUGGCAUUCAUCAAGGCCAGACAGAGCAUUCUACAGAAGAAAUGCCUGGGAAGCAACUGACUCUGAUGGGAGUCCAAGCUCGUCCUGCAGACGGAACGGCUAACGAGACGACGCAGAGCCUGGCCCUCACUAGUGACCUCAGAUACGAUGGAAAGACACCCUAGGGAGCAGCUGGCCAAUUUGAGGCCAGAGGAGGAGAACGACUUUUAGAGGACAGUGUCUGGGAGAGCACCAGCGAGGACAUAUAGGGCUGACAGAAGGUCCUGACAGAGCUGCUGACAGGGUGGGCUGUACCGAGAGCUGGAGGCAAGCCAGGGCUGCUGCUCACCGACAUGUUUAGGCUGGGGACAUUCCAGGUAGUGCGGCUCAGGAGGAUGAUCUACUUGCCAACCAUCGCCCAAGUCCGCCCCUGUUCUCAAGCCCAGGAAUGGCUGUGGCAAGCUAGGCAGGCCUUCGCAGCCCUAGAUCAGAAUGUAGGGCACCUUCAGUGCCACCGUGCCAGCCCAAACCAUCACCCACUUGCCCUGUCUCCAGGGAGCUGUACCCUGCAGUCCGAGGACCUCACAGUACCACAGAACACGGGCAGCUACUCAGAGCUCAGCAGCUACCAGUUCCUUGAGCCAUCACCCCACCAAGUUGCAUGGAGCUCUACAAAAUUAAAGCCUAAACUCCCUGUCCCACAGGGGGACAUAGCUGCCUAAUGGUCUUGCCUCGGUGACCCUCCCAGAAUCCCGUGGCCAGCAUCCCACGGCCAGCGUCCCACACCCUGAGCCUGUGACUUGGACUAAGUAGACACAAGAGGGGAACACAGUCAGCAGAUACCUGUACUGGGGUCCCAACGCAACUCCAGUUGGGUGGCAAUGGAGAGGCAGAGACAGGUGCCCAGAAAUGAUUACAGCUGAAUAAAAAUACCUGACAAAUGCU